AGCGAGACCGGGAGGGACAGAGGAGCGGAGCAGCGGCGGCGGCGGCGAUGGGGAUCCAGGGUUUGCUGCCGCAACUCAAGUCGAUAAUGGCGCCCAUCAGGAUGGAGGACCUGAGGGGGCAAACGGUCGCCGUCGACACCUACUCCUGGCUCCACAAGGGCGCCCUCUCCUGCGGCGACCGCCUCUGCAAGGGCAUCCCCACCACCAGGCACAUUGAGUACUGCAUGCAUAGGGUUAACUUGUUGCGGCACCAUGGCGUGAAGCCAAUUCUUGUAUUUGAUGGAGGCUUUCUGCCAAUGAAGAGCGAACAAGAGGUCAAACGUGCAAGGUCACGAAAGGAAAAUCUUGAGCGUGCCAGGGAACAUGAAGCAGCUGGGAAUUCCCGUGCUGCUUUCGACUGCUAUCAGAAAGCUGUUGACAUUACACCUAAAAUUGCUUUGGAACUGAUCCAGGUACUGAAGCAAGAAAAGGUUGAUUAUAUUGUUGCGCCUUACGAAGCAGAUGCACAAAUGACAUUCUUAUCUGUCAACAAACUUGUUGACGCUGUGAUUACCGAGGAUUCAGAUUUAAUACCAUUUGGCUGUUCUAGAAUUAUUUUCAAGAUGGACAAAUUUGGGCAAGGUGUUGAAUUCCAGAUAACACGAUUAGAACGAAACAGGGAGCUGGACUUAAAUGGAUUCACGAAACAGAUGUUACUAGAGAUGUGUAUUUUAAGUGGCUGUGACUAUCUUCCAUCGUUGCCGGGAAUGGGUGUCAAACGUGCUCAUGCACUCAUCCAAAAACUUAAGAGUCAUGAGAAGGUAAUCAAGCACCUGAGGUACAGUGCUGUUUCUGUUCCACCUCAAUAUGAAGAGAAUUUCAAGAAGGCAAUAUGGGCAUUUCAGUUCCAAAGGGUCUAUGAUCCUGCGACAGAAGAUAUUGUGCAUUUGUCUGGCAUUCCUAGCGACCUCAGCGAAGACGACUUUCUGGGCCCAUGGUUACCACAGGCUGUUGUCAAAGGUAUUGCUCUAGGGGAAAUCGAUCCACUUACAAAGGAACCGUUUGAGGCCAGCACUCCUUGCAGUGCACCUGCUGCUGAUAAAGGUUAUCCGGUCAAGGAGUCUAUUAUUCCUUCAAAUGGAAAGAAGAGGCUAGAAUUGCCUGUACAGAAAAACAUAUUGACAAAUUACUUCUGCUUAACAUCGCUUGAGGCAAAACGGAAGUUCAGGGCACCUAAGGUUAUACCCAAGCAACAAACAUUGCAUGAAUCUUCUUUGCCGAGCCCUCAGACUGAAGACUCUGCUACCCCUGAUUCAGGGGCACCUAAGGCAAAACUGAAGUUCAGGGCACCUAAGGUUACACCCAAGCAACAAAUGUUGCAUGAAUCUUCUUUGCCGAGCCCUCAGACUGAAGACUCUGGUACCCCUGAUUCAGUUGAAGACACUAGCUCGCCAAUGAAAAAUAUUCAAUUCUCUCAGUAUAGUUCUGAUCAUUUUAGCUCUGAACCUCCUCGAGAUGAUUCAGUUGAUGCUUCUCAACGUAGUACUGAGCAUUAUGGUCGUGCCUUCCCCUGGGACGAUUCAGAUAGUGUUUCACCCCACUGUACUUCUCGUGAUAUUGGCAGUGGUCCUCCUCCUAGGGACCAACACAUUGAAGAUACAGAGGUUGAGGUCAGUUAUUGCAACACAAGUGCAGUGCCAAUAAGUCCUUGCUUAGAGAGGAUGUCACCUGGGAUAGCAGAUCCAUCAUUAGUUUCUCACAACACGGAGCCAUCUAUACCAAUGCCACAUUAUGCUGAAAGCAAUGUGGCUCCUACUAGCAGAAAUAUUACUGCAAGGAGUUCAUACUUCAAGAAAGACAAGAGAGUUUUCACAAAUCAAGUAGAAGAGCAGUUAGAUGAUGAUGAUGAUAACACUGAGGCUGGUACUUCCACUCUUUCUGGAGUUCAACCGAGGAACCCUGGAGGUGUCCUGAAGAGAAGAAAACUUUGGGAUCCCCAAAAUUUUGAAGACGAAACAUUGCUGCCAACUAGUUCACAUGACAGUCCAGCAGUUGAUGAAGGCUGUGGUACUGAUUCCCUUGAUGACAUCGACACAACUUCUGAAGGAAGAUUCGGAUGCAAUGUUUCCCAUGUGAAUACUUACAGUGGCAUUGCGGAGAAAUCGAUGGAUAAGUUUGCUGCACUGAUAUCGUCUUUCAGAUACGCAGGCUCCCGUGCCAGUGGCCUUCGUGCUCCUUUAAAGGAUGUGAAGAAUACCCUUUCUGUAAGAUCUAUUCUCAGACCCUCGGAACAGAACCUCCGGUGUACAGCUAAGAAGACCGCGAGAGGUCAUCGUUCAGAAUGCAGAUCCAGAAGUGAUGCCCCAAAUAGUGCCGACGGUCCUCCUGAUCCGAGGGCGUUUGCACACAGCCCUGUUUUCCUUCCUGAUCUGGGGAAGAUCACCGAUAAAGAUGUAGAUCCUGCUACCAGCCCUCCUGAUCUGCGUACAUUUGGGCAUGCACCGGCAAGAUCCACUACUGGUAGUUGUCCUGAUCAAAGCAAGAACACUCGUAAAACAGUGGGCACUGCUGUCAGUCCUCUUGAUCUGAGCACAUUUGCAUACCGACCCACGACUACUGCUAGUCGCUCUGAGCGGAGCAAAUUGUCUCCUACAGCUAUAAGAACUGCUGACAGUCCUCCUGAUCUGAGCGCAUUUGCAUAUAAACCCAUGAAACCUUUGGAUGGGAGCAGGUUUGCAGGGACAACAUUAGCGGCUUCUAGACGAAAUUCUCGGGGCCGAUUCACAUAGAACUGCCGAUUAAUCUGUUAGCCUUUCUGAUAUGGCGUGUUUGCUGUUGCACCAAAAGCUUCUGCCAGCCUUCAUGCUCUGACCUGAGCAAACUUAGAUCUAGCAGCAAAUGCUGUCAAAUGGUGUCCUUGGCCACCCAUGGACCUGCAGCCCCGAUGAACCCCUGAUCUAAGUGCACCCCUUUUGCCGCCAACAGAAUGGAAGCUUGAAAGAAGAUGGCAGUCGGUACCUGUAGAGGCCUGGUACCUGACUUCAUUUUUAUCUCAUGCAAAUGCAAGCUGAAGCAUGUAUGGUCUGAGGGUAGGUAGCUGGCAGCAGGGGCUAAUAGCUUCAGUUUCAGUCUUUCAGAUACCACCGUGUGUGGUGUGCAAACCUAGCACAUGCCCCUUUUUGUUCUUUCCUGGAUACUGUUGUCAUUUGAGCAUUAGUACAGGUGCUACCUUCUGUCAAUUCCCAAUCAAGAUGAAUUAAGGAAUUGUACAAUAUGUUGUAUUGUGGUUUGUGGAUUCCUAUAGUUUGUUGUUGGGUAUAGUAAUGAUCUUGAAUGUACUAUUUAUGUAUUGAUUGGACCGGGUUUUUGGCUCU